AUGCGAAAGUUGGAAUGGAACGACAUGGGAGUGAAGGUCGACGGUCGGCAGCUACACCAUUUGCGCUUCGCUGAUGACAUCGUACUGAUAACACCUAGCAUCAGCCAAGCGGAACUAAUGCUGACCGAAUUCGACGAAACAUGUGGAUGCAUCGGUCUUCAACUGAAUCUACAAAAGACGAUUUUCAUGCGAACGGAUGAAUCUUGGAUGCCCCAUAUGCCCCAUUCACGCUCAACGGAACGAACAUAUCCGAAUGCACCAGCUACGUUUAUCUGGGUCGGGAAUUGA